AUGUCCGACAAGGCGCAGGUCGUCAGCCCGCUGAAGAACUUCUUCGCCGGAGGGUUCGGCGGGGUGUGUCUGGUGUUCGCUGGACAUCCUCUGGACACCAUCAAAGUUCGCAUUCAAACCCAACCAAAACCAACACCAGGAGUCCCAGCAUUAUAUUCCGGAACCUUCGACUGCUUUAAAAAAACACUUGUAAAUGAGGGCAUCAGGGGUCUCUACAAGGGAAUGGCAGCGCCCAUUAUUGGAGUGACUCCCAUGUUCGCCAUCUGUUUUUUUGGCUUCGGCUUAGGAAAAAAGCUCCAGCAGAAACACCCGGAAGAAGUAUUAACGUAUCCGCAGCUGUUUGCAGCAGGGAUGUUGUCGGGAGUGUUCACCACUGGUAUCAUGGCCCCCGGGGAGAGGAUUAAGUGUCUACUACAGGUAAGGACACUGUCUCUGGAGACAAGAAGUAUGCCGGACCCAUGGACUGCGCCAAGCAGUUGUACAGAGAAGCUGGAAUCCGAAGCAUCUACAAGGGGACUGUGCUGACCCUCAUGAGAGAUGUACCAGCCAGCGGAAUGUACUUUAUGACCUACGAGUGGCUGAAGAGGAUCCUCACGCAGGAAGGACGCAGUGUAAACGAUCUGAGCGUCCCUCGGAUCCUCUUUGCUGGAGGAAUGGCCGGAAUCUUUAACUGGGCUGUUGCAAUUCCCCCAGACGUGCUAAAAUCUCGCUUCCAGACAGCCCCAGCUGGAAAAUAUCCCAAUGGAUUCCGGGAUGUUUUACGGGAGUUGAUCCGAGAGGAAGGGAUAGGAUCUCUGUAUAAAGGAUUCACAGCAGUCAUGCUUCGGGCCUUCCCAGCUAACGCGGCUUGCUUCUUAGGAUUCGAAGUCGCCAUGAAAUUCUUAAACUGGGCUGCGCCAAACUUGUGA